GUCAGUCAGGGUGUUGUUUCUGGACUCCACUUCAACGCUGAUAUCUGGUCAAUAAGGUCAAUAAUUAUGAUCACUUCUGCUGUCUAAGUAGUAUCAUUUGAAGGGAAGGAAUGAGAGCUAUAAUGAACGGGAGGGACAUCAGUACGUACUUAUCUACUAUGAACGGGCUCUCCGCAUGGUAUAAGCGAUCUGGUUGCCCGCGCAACGACCGGAUGACAUCGUUCCCCUCCACACAGGAUCCGACUUCUCCAUCAAAUAGACCAUCUGGAUCAGCCAAGUCGCCCUGCCUAGAGAUCACGCCCCAUACAGCACUUCAGAAUACAUAUCUCCAUCCAUCUAUACCUCGCAGACCAACGAGAACAGAAAAAAAAAUGCCUCCCACCCGUCGCAGAGGAGGAAACACCUCCACACCCUCCCGUUCACAGUCCACUCUCUCCUUUGGCUCCCAGUCAAGGGUAACCAAGCCCUCAACCGGACCAGUAUCGACGGCCAGGAAGACGAAGGACCUUGAGAAGGAUUCCCUACCCGUAUCGCUGAUCACACCCGUGGAGCCACCGACCGACGAGAAGCCACAUAUCGCAGAGUUAGUUGUGAGGGAGCAGGCGAAAGCUGAAGCCCAACAGCCUCUAUCCGAAGAAGAUGAGAGGGCGAAAACCAUUACACAGGAUGAUUUAAGGAAGUACUGGGGGCGUGAGCAGGCCAAGAGGAGAGUUCCUAGAGUGCAUCAAGAAAGUCUUUCGUUAGAAGAGAAGAUUUUGCGACAUUUUGAUCUUUCCAGUCAAUAUGGGCCAUGCAUUGGAAUCGCAAGAUUGAAACGCUGGAGACGUGCGAACAUGUUGAAUCUCAACCCGCCGAUUGAAGUCCUGGCAGUGCUUCUACAGGAUGAGGGCGACACAAACCAGAGAGCGUAUGUUGAUGAGCUGAUGUCGUGAGCUUCAACUGUUGCCAUCAGACUGAUGAUGUGGGCUGUUAUGUUUGAAUCUGUUUUUAUAUGAGAUUGGCGUAUAGACCGGGGUCUCUGGCGUUAUGGUGGGAGGAUGGCAUUGUACCAUUAUUGUAUUUCUACACCCUUACCAGUCAUAUUGACUUUUAACAACAACUACAACAUGGAAAUUGAAGCCAAAGAAAACCAGAUUCAGUUGGCAUUGAAU